ACUUGGCAAGACAUAAGAAGUUCCACUAAAGCCAAAAAUACUUUGAUUAAGAAGCAUGCAAAACAAACUGGUGGAGGGCCUGCAUCAAAUCAGGUUUUAACAGAAAUUGAUCAAAAUGUCCUAGCACUUAUAGGUUCAACAGUCGUAGAAGGACAUGAAACAGUGCAGGAAUCUAACGUGCAAUUUGAGUGGUUAGAUAAUUCAAAUGUAUGUAACGUAAAUAAUGAUGGAGAUGGAGAAAGAUUUUCCAUAAUAUGCACUAAUCAAGAGAUAACACAAGAACCUAUACCACAAAAUUCAUUGUUUCCUCAAAAUAAUUAUAGCA